AAAAUAAAGAAAUCGCGAAUUAACGCGAUCCCCUCGGCGACUAGAUAAGUACUAUCGGCAGCCUGUCUCUGGAAGCGUACCGACAGUGCCUCGGCACCGAAGAUAUGAUGGAGGCUUUUCUAAUGGACCUCUCGUCUGUCGUCAGCCUCUCCAAACUUCUCGUGAUCCGCUUUACUUGGAGGCAUACUUAUGUCUUGGUAACUUCUCUUAUCGAUGACUGGUCGAUAUCCCGGGAUUCCCGACAGCGAGAGAUCAUGAUGAGAUACACCCAUGUUGGCAGGAUCGUAUCCUUAACGAUAUUAUACCUGGGCUACGCAUCGGGCGUCUCGUUCCUUUUCAUGGCCGUGCCGUUCGACCGUUUGAUACCCUGGCUCAAUAUGACUAAAACAAUGAACGAUAAUGACACUAUGGUGUCGACGUAUUUCUUGGCGACCUAUUGCGUUUUCGGAUCGUUGCCUAUGACCGUUCAUAUUUGCGUCUUGUUGCUGCAAGUGGCGCAAAUCUUCGUCAACGCCACAUCACAUUGCGGAAACGAUGGUUUCUUCUUUGGUCUCGCGAUGCACUUAUGCGGUCAAUUUGAGGUACUACAAAUGGAUUUUGCCCGCAUCGAAGUGGAAGAGCGAGCCUGUAAAAGGAAGAUACGGAUGCUAAUCAACAGGCAUUCCCAUCUGAUAAGCUUGGCUGAUAGUUUCGAAUAUGCUUUCAACAUGGCCAUCUUCGCACAAUUAUUAAUGAGCGUACUGCUGCUUUGUGUGGAGGGUAUGCAAUUGAUAAUUUCAUUGAAGUUGAACGAUAAUAUCGCAGCAAUAAAACAUGUUGUCUUGAUCUUGACGAUGCUGGUGCAACUGUAUCUUUAUUGUUAUGCUGGCGAUCAAUUGGAGUAUAUAACUGGCAAGAUCGGGUACAGUGUUUACAACAGUCCCUGGUACAAUUUUGAUGUAAAGAUAAUGAAAGAUAUGCCCAUGAUAAUGUUUCGAGGAAGAAUACCUCAUCAAAUAACAGCUGGGAAAUUCCUGCGGAUGAAUUUAUUUUCAUUCAAAGAAAUUCUCAAAGCUACAGGCUCUUAUCUCUCUGUCCUCAGAGUGAUGAUAGAUGUGUAAUAUUGUCACAUGAUCACAAAUUAUAAGUGA